AUGUCGUCAGAAGGGGACAGGACCGGCAAGGCUGGCAUCGUGGUUGCCCCUGAAGAUGUCGGGAGCUUGGAUAAGCUUGCAUGCUCCGUGGUGGACGACUUGCUUUACAACAUCCUUCACGACCUAGUCCUCAAGGUACACCAAGACGAAAAGAUGGCUCGAAUGAGGACGGCGGCCAUCAAGGUCGAGAAGCUCGCUAUGGAGAACUCCGAUUUAUCGACUCCCGACGCACGGCCCGAGAUUGUCGUGGAAACCGACGCUGCUCUGUAUAAGGACGGACACGUUACGUUGAAGGGCAAUCCCCUAAAGACUACAAAGGAGAUUCUGUGUCCACGGUGUCAACUGCCCCGUCUGCUUCAUCCUACAGACGGUAAGGGAGCGCAAAAGCCAGAUCCGAACGUUACAUAUUGCAAAAGGCACCCGUACAUCGAGAAGCCAGGGUUCGACAUUUAUGGACAGACUUGGGUUCAGCCCGGCCCCGGACGAGGAAAGAAAAAGAAGGACAUGGAGAAGAAGAUGGACCCCAACGAUCCUGCAGCGGUGGCAGCUAUGGAGGGAAGUGCCAAGGAUCGCCCGCCUAAUGUGCUCAGCUUCCCUAGUGCUACUUGCUCCAAGUGCAAGCGUUGUAUCCUGGUGACACGUCUCAACAAUCACAUGGGCUCCUGCAUUGGCAACAGCGGGCGAAACGCCAGUAGAGCGGCGGCUCAGAAGAUUAGCAACGGUGGCAGCAACGGCGGAAGUCAGAACAAUGACAACACUCCGCCAGCAAGCCAAAAGGGGACGCCCGUACCAACGAGCCGGGCAACUAGUCCGAGGAAGCGAGACGGUGAUGAAUUUGACGAGGAUGGGGACGAAGCUGAUCCUAUCAGUGCUAAGAAGAAGAAGCUCAAGCCGACGGCUCUACCAAAGAAGGUCAUUUUGAAGACCAAGUCAACAACGCCGACCCUUAAGAAGGAGAAGAUAAAGACGAGUUCGAUGCUGAGCGUUGAGCAGAGCGUGGAUGACGAUGAUGUAAAGAACUCCACCGUGCAGGUCGUUCCCAAGAAGACUACACCAGCGAAAGGCACAUCACCAGUUAAAAAGCUGAAGAUUGGGCUAGGCACAAAGCCGCAGUUAAAUGCUCCGGGAAAGAAAAUAGGGAAGAAGGAAAAGGACCAUGAGACAGAAUCGACAGGGACCAUGUCUUCGCCGCCCCGUUAG